CUUUGCAUAGUACGCAGUAGUAACGACAGCGAGAUACACGGCUCUUGUUCGUUCCCCGCUAAAAUAUACGAGGAAAGUUCCCGCGAUUACCCGAAAUUUUCAAUUCCACAGCGUGGCAACAUCAAAUCAAAAGCAAGCCUGACUGACUCUAUCCAGACCUCGUUAUUUCGAGAAAAUGGAGCGCAGCGUUUUGCCCAAAUAUCCGAGGGUAUCCCCGGCCAUCAGGUCUUCGCCGACCAGUUCUGGGUCCACCCUAGACUGUUCGUCGAACGCCACCCUCGUGACGAACACCAGUCCCUUCAACAGCCAGACCGCCCUCAUCACCGAGAAGAGAUACUUCUCUGGCGAUGCCGGCAAGGGAUCCAAUCAUUACUAUGCCGAAAAUUUGAGGAAUAAUCAUCAGAAGACCCUAAAAGGGCGGAUCUACGAUCCGCUUCACAAGAACCAGGGCAUCGAUUACAAGCAGCUAGAUCCACUGCUACCGAGCGAGCAAAGCUCAAGUAUUAACAUCCUCAUGGAUUCCGAGGAAGUGAAAUUGCCCAAGGACCCGCAGGAACCCACCCGGCUGCCGCCUUCGGAGUUCCAGAAGGAAUCUAAACCCUCCUGGUUACGGUUCGCCGCCCAGAUAUUGGCUGCGUUAUCGGUGUCGUUGGGUUCGAUGCAGGUCGGCUACGCGUCUUCCUACACGUCGCCAGCGCUGGUAUCCAUGCGCGACAAUGCCACGACGAGCUUCGAAGUCACCAAACACAUGAGCAUGUGGAUUGGCUCGCUUAUGCCACUGAGCGCACUUGUCGGUGGCAUUGCUGGGGGACCGCUCAUCGAAUAUAUAGGAAGGAAAAAGACGAUAAUUGUCACAGCGUUCCCAUUCAUCGCAGCGUGGCUCUUAAUUGCGACGGCUACAAAUGUUCCGAUGAUAUUGGCUGGACGCGCGCUAUGCGGCUUCGCCGUGGGUGUUGCUUCUUUAGCGUUGCCUGUGUACUUAGGCGAAACGAUACAGGCGGAAGUGCGCGGUACUCUUGGUUUAAUGCCCACCGCGUUUGGUAACACCGGGAUAUUACUGUGCUUCGUAGCGGGCAUGUAUCUGGAUUGGAGAAAUCUGGCGUUGAUAGGAGCGUGUUUACCGCUACCGUUCUUGAUUCUGAUGUUCGUGAUUCCGGAGACGCCGAGAUGGUACAUCUCCAAGGGGAAAACGAAGAUGUCUCGCAAGUCUCUUCAAUGGCUGCGCGGCAAAGAUGCAGACAUAACGGACGAGUUGGCUCUGAUCGAGAAAUUGAAUCAGGAGUACCUCGACAACGAGCGGGAAGACUCUCCAAGCACGCUCUCGGAGUUGUUGAAGAGCAAGCAUCUCGUACCCCUGUUCAUCUCUUUGGGCUUAAUGCUGUUCCAACAAAUGUCCGGCAUCAACGCGGUGAUAUUCUACACGGUGCAGAUCUUCCAGGACGCUGGUAGCACAAUCGACGAGAAUCUCUCGACCAUAAUCAUCGGCAUAGUGAACUUCAUAUCCACCUUCGUCGCCGCGGCCGUCAUCGACAAGCUGGGCAGGAAGAUGCUACUGUACAUAAGCGCCAUAUUGAUGGCCGUGACCCUCUUCUCUCUUGGCGGAUUCUUCUACGUGAAAUCGCUGGACGUGGACGUGACGGCCUACGGCUGGCUGCCGUUGGCCAGUCUGAUCAUAUACGUGAUAGGUUUCUCGCUGGGCUUCGGGCCGAUUCCUUGGCUGAUGAUGGGCGAGAUUCUGCCCGCCAAGAUCCGCGGCUCCGCCGCGAGUAUCGCGACCAGCUUCAACUGGAUGUGCACCUUCAUCGUGACGAAGACCUUCGAGGACGUCAUAGGGGUAAUCGGCACGCACGGCACCUUCUGGCUGUUUGGCAUCAUCGUCGUCGUGGGCUUCGUUUUCGUCAUCGUCAGCGUGCCGGAGACCCGCGGCAGGUCGCUCGAGGAGAUCGAGAGGAAGUUUACAGGCCCGACCAGGCGAAUGAGCGCGGUCGCCAACAUGAAACCGACGCCGAUGUCGUGCUAGCUACUGAACCAUCGACCGCGGCACGCGUCGACAAAGAAGCUCGUUCGAGUGAGAUAUAGGACUGCGUACGGCGUCCUUCUAAGGGAGAGAUUCCCUUACAGGUACGCUUUCCCUUAAGGGGAAGUCAGGUUCGAAGGUUUACACUUCUCUCUGUGUCAAGAGAAGCGUAUGUGUUCUUCCUUUUUGGCUCUUCCCUGCUCUUACUUUCGAGCUCAUCGGCUCACUUUCGCAAAGUCUGCUCGUUAUAACGUAGUUUGAGCGAUUUAGAGACAACUAGUAAAGAAACGGAAUUCAUAGAUCUGAAUGGUAAAAGCGCACGGACGACAAUCUCUAAAAUAUCUCCUUUCAACGAGUUGAAGAGGCAAUUGGAAGAGGAGUUUCAUCGACCGAGAAAUUCGACGAUCUCUCGAAAGCUCGAGGAAAAAAAAUCGAUUUUUAAAAAAGUUAACCAAGAUGAUUCCUCCAAGUCUCGCAAAAAGAAAAGGAAGAUGCCUCGUCCCCGUUCAUUCGCUUCUUCAACUGACUUCGUAAAGCGUGACUUCGGCAGACCUCGCUUUGACUUAUAAUUCACGUCGAAUGCGAGGAUCAGAGCUAGCCAGUUAGUGCCAAUCUUGUCGGGUGUAUCGAAAUUGCGAGGCCAAUCGAUUAACCUCGUGGGAUGUAAACGGGUUACGCUUUCCCAGCGUGGAAGUGACUAGCGCGAUACGUGGCAAUCAGCUGUUGACUAGGUGUGUAGUUGCAAUUGUUUUUUAUUACUUCCGACAGGUCCUGCAGGGUCUACCUCAAGUUGAUACUGCUCUACUUAGAAUAUAGCGGAUGAUACUGUCGUUAUAGGUGUACGUGGGUCAACGCUAGUCGCGCGCGUUCAUUCUGCUUUUUUUAUAGCGCACGUGAAACGACGCAAUUUGCGUGGGGCUGUGGUUGUGCGCGAUACGAUUAAUCGCCACGUGCGCCAUGAAUUUAAAAAGCACGCGUAAUACGUAUGUACUUAUAUGUUAUGUAUAUGUUAUACGCCGACCAAGAAGCCGGUCUUUCGAACAGGGGCGAAUUUUCCCACGCGACAAUAAGUUUUAAGUCCCAACCGCGUUCUCGUCUAGUUAUAAAUUGUAAAUAGUCGGAGAUUUGCGCCUAAGUGAUAUUAUGUAUCCACGUCCGAGGAUCGUUGUUAGUUUCAAUCGCGGCUGGAUAAUUAUUUUUCUAUCGACUCUUUCGUCUCGACGGGCAAGAUUUGAGAAAGGGACGGGUGGAGAGCAUUGGCUUGCGAUUGUAGUUAAUCAGCGUUGACGAAAUUGAUCGUAAGUGGAACGACGUGAUUCCAGCAGCCCGCGAUCGUAAUCUUUGUGUUAAGCCAAAUGACGCUUGGUAUCGGGCGGCUGUAUCAAUGUGGGAUGUGAUCUUAAAUGUACGUACGAUAGUCAAACGAUAAUUUAAGCGUUACGAUAUAUGACAGAUAUAUAUAUAUAUUUUUAUUCUCCAAAGCGAGGGGAAAAGUGGGAGCGUAGUCGUGAGGCCGAGAUGAAGUUCUCAGCGAGUCACGUGAGAGAGUUGGAGGAAGAAGUCUCAGACAAAUGUAAAAUAGUCGCCUAUGUUCGAAAGUUAGGGUAAAACUGCGUCGGGCACCUGACGAGUGUUCCCGGUCGAGUAAUUUAAUGGAAGACUAAUUUGCAUAUCGAGAGAUAUCACACGAUGGAACCAUUUGUUCACAUCUUAUUUAAAUUAUUGAUAUAUAUUUAUAUAUAUAAAUAUAUGUAUAUUUUUUUAUAUAUAAAUAACGAUUUAUCCAGAUUUAUCAGAUUAACGAUUGAUGAGAUUGUAGGGCGAGUUUACAUGUAGAUUAAAACUCUACAUAGUUUUCGACGGGUUUUAUAAAUUGAAAUGAGUGUUAAUUGAUUUUCUAGAGAUUAACUUCUACAGGACAUUCGGGGGAAGAUUUUUACGGCGUUUAAAGGACGGCGUAGUGCCUUGCGACGUCUCUCGUCCGUUUGCAUCGUAGGAGAUGUUAGACAAGUUGUGUCCAGCGUUAACGUUAUACGUAAAUUAUACAUUCGUUGCUUAUUCCGAAUCACUGCACGCGACCGGGUGCACGCGCGGACGUGUUUGGCACAGUGCGAACUAAAUGCAUAUCAUAAUCGACUACUGACGAGCGCGUUGGAAAAUGUUGAAACCAAUUUUUAUAAGCUUACGAGAGUGUGCUUGUAGUUGUGUGCGUGCGAGUUGAAGGAUUUUAGCGGCGAAUCCUGUUUGUUUCCUGAUGAAUUACGUGUUAGAAAACGACGGAAAACGUCGGUCUAAAGCCCGUCACACAGUGGGAAAGCACAGGCAAUAGGAAUAGGGAAUAACACAGGCAGCAGAAAUAAUUCGUAGGCAAUAGAAGUGCUGUCCAAUCAUCCGCUUUGUGAAACCACGUGCCUGUCCCAGGGUCUCGACCGUGAUUGUGGUCAGGGAACGGGGAAACAAAAAUUCAACGGAAAUUCUGUCCCUACUGCCUAUUCCUAUUGCCUGUGCUUUCUCUAGUGUGCGAUAGGCUUAUGUUUCACCAACGUUGUUUAACUUUAAGCUUAGCUUAAUUCGCUCUUUGUCGCUUUCUAAUUGUUACUUUAGAAAGAGGCAAACGUGAAUUGAACCAAGAUCAAAGUUUAACGACGUUUGGUGAAACCGGGCCUUAAACGUCUCCCGUAAUCUCUUGUCUUCGCGCGAGGUCUCGCCUCGACAUUCGCGCGAGUGGAAUCCACAGCGAGGUCUCGUUUUGAAAAUACCGCUCGAACAAAAGAUCAUUCCUGCGCGAUCGCGCGCGGUUCGAUGUACGACUCACUCUAAUAUCAUAUAAAGCAAUAAGUGCACAAUACCUUGUUUUAUAUGAGAAUUGAGUACGUUAUUACUCUCUUAUUAGUACAACGACCCCGAUCACGGCAUUUCUUCGUUUCUCAUGUUUACCGUUUUACAUUCGUUGCUGUCGGCUGUUCUCCGUUUAGCGACACAAGUCGACGCGGGCGUCCUCCUAUCCUUCCUCGGCAUUCAACGGAUAGUGAGGGCAAACACUCGCGCGACCUUCGUCGUUAAACGGAGAGCGCUCAUUUGUAAGUAAUACCUGCCGCUUAUUCAUAAGCUAUUUGCCAAAGCAAAAUGAAGAUGGCGGAAUAUUUUUUGAUAAUUUAAUACUCAUGUUAAGUUUACGAGUAAUCCUAUUAUAAUAAGUUAUUAUGUGGUUUUAAUUUUAAGACUAUCUAUUAUACACAUAAAAUGAUAUACAUUUAUGUAAAA